AUGAUAUUUGAACAAAUCGCCCCGGAUUCUGAACAUCAAUUCCUUCUUUGUAACUCAAGUGGCCCGGAAGUCCAUUUCACGCCUAAUCAGCAUCCUCAACUUGGGCUUCUUGAAGGACCCAUUUCUUUGGAGGACCCAACGAUCGACCCGGCAAUCCUGGACGAUAACGGUUCUCGAGAUUUUGAGCAGACCCAGCAAACGGCAAUUACUCCUGCCGCCGCAGUCACCUCACGCAAUGACCCAGCUGAACAGGCUCGUCCCCCGGUUCGAGACACCCAUUGUUACAGCAGGCAACAGACUCCAAGAAAGCCCGUCAAAGCUAGUCGAGGGCCUUCCUUCAUCUUCGGCCUCUUUGCGCCUCUGUUCUGCCAGCAGAAAGAGAGCCAUGUAAUCUGGUGA